AUGAUCCAGGCUUUGUGUAAAAGCGCACUGCAGCGGCAAUCAGGCAUAUGGAUCCGCGGGAAGGCGGCUGCUGCAUGCACGUCUCUCGGUGGCAAGAGCCCAAGACAGAGGAUCAGAUGCAGCCCUGCUGCACCUUCCAGCGGCAAUGACGAUGACGUCUGUCUCAACACAACGUCAGAUGCCACCUUACCUGCACUGGUCACGUCUGUGUCCGGCACGGAAGUCGCAUGGAGGGGCAGUCUAUUCAAUGUCCAGAUGAGGAGGCCGUGA